AUGGAACUGCGGAAACCGUCGUCCUCCACCACGGGCUUCUUCCAGGCCCUACCUAUUGUUCCACCACAAUACUCCAGGCCUGCGUCGAAUACAGCCUCAGCCUCUCGCCACGACACCUCGGAUGACACUGUCCUUCCUCGCAUCCUGUCUUUGUAUCUUCCUGAUCCGAUCCCCGCCGAGAUCUCCGAGCCUCUGCAUGACUUCUCGCGCCUGGUCCUCCACCCCUCGACCCUUGAAUACACCGUGGACUGUGACACAGACCAGCCAACCCUCCACCCUUUAACGACCUUUGGCGAAGUGAACAAAAGAGACCCUCUCCGCACCAGUGAGGGAUGGCGAGCCCUCAAGCAGAUCCAGACCCGUGCCGGCGUCGUGGGAUACGGGUAUCCUCAUCUCAACAUCCACCAAAACUUCAAUCGAAGAGUGCACCAAUUCGCAACUCUUCAUCUCUGGUCCGGGACGUGUGCCGUGGCCACAUGUCCCAUGGCCAUGACCGACGGAGCGGCCGUGCUUCUCCGCCGCCACCUCGACGAUCCGGACGCGGACCAGCCAGGCCGGGGAGCAGUGUUCCUCGAGUCCUAUAAACGGCUCGUGUCUCUCGACCCGGCAUACGCAUGGACCAGCGGACAAUGGAUGACCGAGCGGACGGGCGGCAGCGAUGUGCGCGGCACUGAGACCGUUGCCCGUCGAAUGACGGCCCAAGAGAUCCAAAGUGACGUUGCUGACGGUCGGGACCAAGACGCCCAUGGCCUCCCACUCGGACCCUGGCUCAUCGACGGGUUCAAAUGGUUCUCAUCAGCCACCGAUGCCGACAUGGCCGUCCUCCUGGCGCAGACAAGUAAAGGCCUCAGUGCAUUCUAUGCCCCUCUCCGCCGACGGGUAGGCCGCUCUUCACGCACCGCCGGUGCCUCUGCAGCACUUACGACCGAGACUUCAUCGUCAGAGUCGUCUCACCCACAGCCAAGCGAGAUGAACGGGGUGCGGCUGCAACGCUUGAAAUCGAAACUUGGGACCAAAGGCUUGCCCACGGCCGAGCUCGAGUUGAAAGGCAUGCGGGCGUUUCUCAUCGGCAGCGAAGGCCAAGGCGUCAAGGAAAUCAGCGCAGUCCUCAACAUCACGCGGCUGUAUACGGCCAGUGCAGGCGCCGGGUACCUGGCACGCGGGCUGGCCGUGAGCCGCGCAUACACGCAGGUGCGCCGAGUGCGCGGCGGCCAACUGCUCCGUGACAACGCGCAGCAUCUGGCCUGGAUGGCCGGCGAGAGCGUCAAGUACCGCGCCAACACGCACCUGGUGUUCCUUGGCGCCGCAUUGCUCGGGGCCAGCGAGCAGGGCCACGACGCGGCCACGACGGGCACGCGAGCUGCGGCCCUCAUCCCGCGCGACAAAGCCGCCGUCGACACGCUGCUGCGCAUCCUCACCCCCGUCAUGAAGGCCCAGGUGACGCUGAACAGCGUCUCGGGCCUGCGCGCCUGCAUGGAGUCGCUCGGCGGCGUCGGCUACUGCGAGAACAACGACGACGGAGGCGUCCUCAACAUCGCCCGCCUGUUCCGUGACAGCGUGGUCGGCACCAUCUGGGAGGGCACCACCAGCGUCAUGGCCGAGGAUCUCUUGAGGGUCAUCAAGAACCCCAAGACCAAGACCGACGUCCUUGACCGUGUCUUCGGCGCUUGGUCGCGCCACGUCCUCGCCGCCGUCAACCCGUCCUUCGCCAGCGAAACCGACAUUGUGCGCAACCGCUAUCACGCCUUGAGGCAUUUGGUCCGCCGAUUGAGCGCCGACCAGCUGCAGCGGCGGGGCAGGGAGGUCCUCGAGCACAUCGAGGCCAUUGCUUGCGCCUGUCUCCUCAUGUUCGAUGCCUCGGUGGACCAAGAUGCCGUCGCCACCGCCAUAGCCAGGAGGUGGGUUCGCUCCAUCGCCUUGCCGUCGGACAGCGUACAGGAAGACAGCGUGAUAGACCCAGACUGGGCCGGAGAAGUCGAUUUGGAUAGAAGGAUCUACCUGGGCCCAAACGCCGGAGCCUUGGCCUCUGCACAGCCGAAGCUCUGA